AUGGUUAAACGAUUACAUUUCUCAAUAUUAGUUAUUAUUACAACUCUCUUUAUUUUAAUAUCUAUAUUUACUUUUACCAAGGAUAUACAACCAACAGUUGACCUUCAAAAUAGCCCUGUAACCUUGAAUAAAGAUAUUAGUAGUCCAGAUGUAAUAUUACCCAAAUAUGAUCAUUUAGGAUUAUCAGAUACUAAACCAAUCAUUAUUUGGAAUCCAAGUUUAAACAAAAAUAAAACAUUACAUGGUAGAUUCUUGCAUAUCACAGAUAUCCAUCCUGACCAGUUUUAUCUAGAAGGUUCAGAUAUCGGUGAAAUGUGUCAUAGAACGAAAACUGAUGAUUCUUCCAAGAGUAAUAAAGCUCCGAUUUUUGGUAAAGCUAUGGCAGGUUGUGAUACUCCAAUUAUUUUAAUGAAUGAAACUUUCAAAUGGAUUGACAAAAAUUUAAAAGAUAAAAUAGAUUUUGUUAUGUGGACAGGCGAUAAUAUUAGACAUGAUAAUGAUAGAAAUUAUCCAAGAACUGAGGCUGAAAUUUUCGAUUAUAAUUUAAAAUUGUCCAAUGUAUUAUAUGAUAUCUUUAAAGAUAGUAAUGGUGAUGUUGAUGAAAACCCAUAUGAUCUAGGAGUAAAUGUGAUACCAAGUAUCGGUAAUAAUGAUGUUUUCCCUCAUAAUAUGUUUUCCAUGGGCCCCACUUUACAGACAAGAGAAUUUUAUAGAAUUUGGAGACAUUUCAUCCCACAAGAACAACAAAGAUUUUUUGAUAAUGGUGUUUCAUUUUUCACAGAAAUUAUUCCAAAUAAAUUAGCUGUCAUUUCCAUUAAUACCUUAUAUUUAUUUAAAUCAAAUCCCUUGGUAGAUAAUUGUACUAAAAAAAACCAACCUGGUUAUAAAUUAUUAAUUUGGUUUGGUCAAAUCCUUACGGAAAUGAGAAAACGUAAUAUGAAAGUUUGGAUUAUUGGUCAUGUUCCACCAAUUAAGAAAAAUUUCCAAAAAUCUUGUUUCGAUAAGUUUACUCUAUGGAUUAAUGAAUUUAGUGAUAUUAUUAUUGGGAAUGUUUAUGGUCAUAUGAAUAUUGAUCAUUUCAUACCAGUAGAUACAAGAGAUUCAAUAGACUCAAUAUAUUUAUCUUCCAAGUUUACAAGUAAUAAUGAUAAUAAUGAUGAUGAUGAUGAAUUUUAUGAUAAUAAUUUAUCAAUUGAUGAAUAUAUAAGAGAUUUGGCAAGAGAAUCUAAAGAAGUUCAAAUGAUGGGUGCAGCACCUGUAAAUAAGGGCUCAUAUAUGGAUAAAGUUAGAAAAGAAUAUUAUCAAAAAGUAUUCGAAGAAAUAGAAGGAAUAGAGGAUGUAGAUAAACAAGAAGGAGACGAAUUUGAGAUUAAGAAAAAGAAAAAGAAAAAUAAAAAGGAUAAAAAAAAGAAGAGAAAGUUAAGACGUGAUUUAGAUCAAUUAAUUAGAGAGUACAAUAUAAUUAGUAUAGGUGCGUCUAUCAUACCGACAUUUAAUCCAAGUUUUAGAGUUUGGGAAUAUAAUAUCACUGGAUUAGAAGAUGAGUUACAAGUAGCUAAUAAAAAUAAUAAGAGUUGGAAUGAUUUUUUCCAUGAAUUAGAAAAAAUUUUACAAAAAGAAACUAUAUCAAUGGAUAAUCAAGCUAAUGAUGAUGAUGAUGAUGAUGAAUUAGAAAAUUUGAUAAUUAAAAAUGAUAAGACUAUACCAAAAUUAACGAAUCAUAAAUUAGGACCAGCUUAUGAAAAUCAAUUAUUUACACCAAUACGAUAUGUACAAUAUUAUAUCAACUUGGAGAAAAUUAAUCACAAAUAUUAUGAAUUAAUGGCAAGUGAUAAUGAUGAUAUUUCAAAAGAAGGUGCAAUAAGACAGAGUUUUGAAGUGGAUAUUGAAUAUGUUUCCAAUUCAGAUCCCUAUAAUAUGGAAACAUUAAUUGUACCUGAAUAUUUCGAACUGAUGAAAAAAUUAUAUUUGGAUGAUGAAAUAUGGCAAGAAUAUUUAGAUUUAGCAUUUGCAAAAUCUGGUUAUAAAGAUUAG